UAGGUAGGUACGUAAAACCUCUGAUUAAGUAUCCUAAAACAGUUGCAUAACUUUUGAGGAGUUCUAUUUAUUUCAUAAAGCUUUAUUUAAUUUUAUAACUAACCAAAAUUCAAUAAGUUACAUGUUCUUUGUAAUAUUUAAAGCAAACUAAUCGCCAAUAAUAAAUUAAAUAAAAGGAAGAACUAAAAAUGCUCAAGAUUAAUCAGGCACCUACCUACCAAUAAUUUUUAAUAAUGAGCAAUCUUAAGCAAUUAGUUUUGAACAGUUUCAAGAAACUACAUCGUACAAGUCAGACGGUUUUUGCUGGAGAUGAGAAAGCAUUGAUAGCUGCCAGGGUAAAAAUAAACGAAGAAUAUUCAAAGACCAAGCUUAUAAAAGAUGAGGAGGCUAUUAAAGCGAUGGUAAAAUUAGGCGAAGAUGUAGCAAAGGAAUUGAAGGCACAAGUGAUACAAACUAAAAAAAUUAGACCGGGUGUUUACAUGGCUAAAAUAACUAAGGAUACCAUCAAGUUUGAUAAUAAACCAUUUGUUACAAGUGCUGUAGAAGAAAAACAAAAAGACAAGAACACAAAUAGACCUUGCUGUCAAAAUGAAGCAGGAAAUAAAUAAAAGCUAUUAUUUUAAAUAGUCAAUUGUAA